AUGGCGGACAAUUUCUUCCAGUGGGCAGCAGCGAGAAAGUUGCUCCGAACCAACGAAGUGCAUAAGUGUGAGGAAGCGAAGCUGAUCCUGGAGGAGACGUUUGAAGUGGAGAACGAGAAAGGUGACCGCACCGACCUCUCGGGGACGGCCGAGAUUGAGGCCCGUCACUUUAUAGCAGCCCUCAAACAUCCCCUAAACCUAGACAGAGAGACAGAUAAAAAUAAGAGAAAGGGAGAGAGAGAGAGAGAGAGAGAGAGAGAGAGAGAGAGAGAGAGAGAGAUGGCCGACCAAAUGAGAACCAUCUUGGACGAGAUGAACCGGUGCUACACGGCUUUGAGUGAAGUGGAAGCAGAAGUCCUAGUGGACACAGAGGGGAAGAAUCUGGAAACCAACAAGCAGAAAAUCAUGAGCCUCUUCGUGAAGUGCACGAAACAGGAUGUGACACUGAACAACUACAAGACCCGGGCCAGGAAUAUCAAGGCCAGCCCCAGCGAGAAGGUCGGCGGUUCCAAGCCCAAGUCACCGAAGAAGAAGAAAGGCCCAAAGGCCAAAGAUGACAAGUCGGAAAAGCCCGCAGGCAAGCAUGUGAAAAAGGAUAAGAAGGAGAAGAAGUCGAAGAAGAACAAGGAAGAGUGCCUCGAAGCACAAAGACGGGCUCGUGAUCCCGCCUUCGAAUACGGCCCACCUACUGAUGAGGAGCCCUCCGAUGCCUCCGAUAGUGAUGGCUUGGUUGGUGCUAUUAUGGGAGAUGUUGAAAAGGGGGCCGAUGCCAAGAGUGUGGUCCGUUUGGCAAAAAUCGCCAGCCGGAGGAUGAGGAAGCUAGGCAGGAUAGUGCAGGGUUUUAUGACUCGUGUCGGGGGAGUUGUCGAUCCUCACUUGCAAGCCAUUGGGAACCUGGCCACCGGCAAGGACUAUCAUAAUGCGGCUCGGAAUCUGCAUAGUUAUCUGCAUUCCAAUGGAAAAACAUAUCCGGUGCCAAUCUCUGCUACCAGACUGAGACUCCGACGACCUAAGAAGGGUGGUGGUGAGUUUACAACAAACUAUCCCCUGAUCUACCUCUCGAGUUGGAUGCGAUGUAUCCUAGAAGAUGGUGGAGAAUUUCUGUUGGGAGGCUGGACCACGGACCAGCCCCGGGAAUACAAAGCGAUGUUUGCACGAUUCUGGGACCGAUAUGAGUGCGUGAAUCAAGAACACCCGAUUUAUUUCGAGAAAACCUGGGAACAGAGGAUGCAUUGCAUCCCCAUUGCUGUUCAUGGUGAUGAAGGAAGAGGCCUAGGAAAACAUCCUGUGCUAGUGGAAAGUUAUCAACCUCUUUUGCCCUGGAGUGGAGAAAAUCAGCUGAACAUGGUUGGGCAUUCCUUUACAACUAGGCUGCUGGCCUGCAUCUUGCCCUCACAGUGUUACGCAAAACACGACAAGUCGGUGGAUGGCCUCCACCAGGCCAUGAGCAAUGAUCUCAGAGCCUUGUUCGAGAAAGGAGUUUCCGUUGAGGCAAGGGGUUUGGGCCGGUUUAUUUUUAUAAUGGGUUUAGCUGCUAUAGGGAUAUAA